AUGGAGGUUGACAGAGUCAUUCCUUCUCAAUUUGUUUACCCUGCGCCUCCUGGCAGCGUCGCUUCUCCUGAGUUGGCUCCCCAGGGGGAGUACUACGGUCCAGCUCCUGCACCAGGAGAAGCUCCACCAGGAGCAGCAGGAGGAGAGGCAGCAGCAACAGGACCACCGGAAUAUGUUUAUUCACCUUCGGUAGAGUUAGGGGGCCCCCCUCCAGCUGCUCCUCCUUUGGAUGCAGGGGGCCCCUGGGCACAGAAACGUCUGGUUGUGGGCCCCACUUCUACCGAUACACCUCAGCUGUACGGACGUGUACCCCCUCGUACAUGGGGAGAAGCAGCAAGAGAGUGGUUUGGCGGUUUCAUGGCAGGUUUCCAGCAGCAGCAACAGCUGCAGCAACAGCAGCAGCAGCAGCAGGAAAUAAUGUAUGCAGAGCCACGGUUUAAAAGGGUUUAUAGAGGGACAAAGAACACAUAA